UGUUUAUGUAAACAGUUCCUAGGUUUAUUAUCCUCUAACUACAUUGAAUGUUUAAAUAGUAUACCUAAAUUAUGUUAAAGAACCAAGUGUUGUAGGUGCAAUAUUGCAAUCAUGUUUGACGUUGCCUUGGGCAGUGCGUGCAGUGAUAUAUCUGUCUCUACUUCAUUUGAUGAUGCGCAUCCCCCAGAAAACAUCAUCGAUGGGAAACCAGACACGUUUUGGGCAACAACAGGGUUGUUUCCUCAGGAGUUCGUCCUCAGUUUCAGCUCUCCAGUUGCGAUAUCAAAUAUCCAUAUCUAUACAUACAACUUGAAGAAUAUAAUGGUGAUGCGUAGCACUGAGCAUGAAGCUGGGGCUUUUAAGAUGCUGACUAAGAAAGAGCUGGAGAGAACAAGUGGGUCACUGCAGUCACAGCUGAUAGAGGUUCCCAAGGCAACAGUAGCACAACAUCUGCGCUUCAUCAUAGAGUCUGCGUACGACCACUUUGUAGCUGUAUACCGUGUAAGUGUGGAUGGGUCACAGAUACAAGAGUAACUGUUAACCUAAGGUUAAUAAAGAGCUGAACGAACAUCCAUUCCGUGAAGUCCUGUCAUCCCUUUACAUUGACCCCAGGAGUUGACGAUUCUAGUAAGUCCUACCAUACCUUUACUCUAGCAAUCACCAAUUCUAAAAAAAUGUAUGCUCUCUCUGCACACUGAUCCCUGCAUCUAUCCAUUCCAGAAAUUAUGUGCUGUCUAUUGAAAUUUACUUAUUUGUAUAUAAAUAGGUUGGCAUUAAAUAUAUUUGUAGAGCAUUAACGCACAUUUACCUUGUAGUAAUACACAAAUAUUUCACUGUGGUAAUGUUCAGCAUUACCAAAAUUUCACGAAUAAAGUAACAAUUACUUAUGUACGCAAUGAGCUGAAACUAGUGAUACAUUGAGAAAAGAAUGGAUAUAUUGAUACUUGUAACCUCUUUAAAGCGGGGGACACACCAUGCGAAUUUAUUCGCACAUCCCGCAGCGAAAUCCGCAUGGUGUGUCUGCUCAAGCGUGGGCGAAUUUCGCUGCGAAUUUCAUCCGCACCAAAAUUCACAGCGAUCAAACAUGUUUGAUAUUUUCGCUGCGGAC